AUGUUUUGGUCGCGCGUUCAGUUCGCGGCACGUAGGAGAGAAGACAGUCGACCACUUUACCGAAGAAUUUUCACAAACCGUCGGCUGGACAUUGCCCAUAAAGGUGUCGAUUACUACAGCGUUCUGAAGAAAAAACAACUGCAAAAGGAACUCGAUGCCUUCGAACGACAACUGAAAGAUCUGGAUACUAUCAUCGUUACCGGGAAACCGCAAACCUUUUAA